AUGUCUCGGGGAGAGGUUUUAGCGGCUCUUAAAAAUUAUAUGUUUGACAGGAAAAAUGACUUUGAAAAAUCAGAAAUAUCAUCUCGUUGUGAAAAAAGAAACAGGAACGUAGAAAAGUUUCAAUUAAAAAAGUUUGAAUUUUUAUUUUAAAAAAAGCAAGUUAGGCUUUCUACUCAGUGUCUUGUGAACAGCUUGAUUGAGAUUAGAAGCAAACAAAAAACUAGAAAUUGAAGAUAAAUGAAACAUAUUAGAGGUUCAAAUCUUGAAAUUUCAUCGAGAAAAAAAUUCCUAAAGAAUAGCCAUGACCUUUAAAAUUAGACAAUUAAAUUAAACCCGUGUUCCUGAGCCCCGGGAGGGUUUUACGCUGAAAAUUACACAUUUUGGUAGAUAUCAAGGCUUUUGGAAGUUUUCUAGAACACAUAUCCCGAUAAAUUUGUCUCUUUGCUUUUCCGGGCUGAGAUAUGUUUCAAUUAAGUUUUAAAAACGUUCGAUUUGAGUUCGUGAUGUUUUGCAUAUUAUCGUAAGAGCUUAAAAAUAUAACAUCACAUAUAGUUACUUUUUACUGUCAUUAUUAUUAUUUGUUUUAAAUUUAAGAAGUAUUCGCCUUUUUAUUUUUUUCUAAUGAAACAGUCUAUCCAUCAGUCAUGAUAAUCAUGGAUUAGGAACAAAGAAAAACGAAUGAACAUGAUUAGAAUAGUUAAAAUUUGAAGAAAAGCGCGACCGAGAUCCGCAAAGGCAACCACGCUUUCACGGCCACAAGGCCACGGAGUGUCGUUUCAUAAAACUCAAGUUUUGGCACACAGGCUAUAAGAUGUUUAAAUAUUUUGAGUGUGUGCAAAAUUGUCGUUUCCUAGUUUUUUAGAGGUCGGUUUAGUGACCACUUUAGUGUCCUCUCCAAGUAGUCUUUGGCGAGCCUCUAUAGCCCGCCACUAAAAAUUUUCCCCAAACAGGAAAAAAACAUUCUCCUUUGUUAAUUUUCAUUUCGAAGGUUUUCAAGCGACCACAAAGUUUUUUCGAGAUUUCGAACGUUCUUUCUGGUUUUUUUUAUUGAACUUUUCUCAGGACCCACUUCUUUUGCCCCCAGAACCUCCUUCCAUUCCAAACAAUACACAACUCGACAGAAAAGAGAAGGUUUUUGAUUUCUUCUUUUUUACUUGCGAAAUCAAUUCUUCAGGCCAGAAUAUUUAUGGAACGACUCUUAAACGAAAAACGCCUGAAAAAGCAACAAGAGGAGGAGGAAAAGCGAAAAGUCGAAGAAGAAGCGAAGAAACCCAAGGUUUUUCAGUGGAUCUUCGUUCGGAAGAAUCUAGGCUUUUUGCAGAAAUCAAGCGAAGAUGAGAAGAAGGAGCCGGUGAAGAUCGGUCUGAGCGCCAUCGACGAUAUUAUCAAUAAGUUGGUUUUUUUGCGUAGAAAAAUGAUUGAAAGCUUCUAGCUGUCUGUGCUCUCCUAACACUAACUGGAAGAAGAGAUCAUGUCUAAAAGGAGAGUUCAGAUAGUUAGACUUUUAAACUGUCUAACUGUGUGCGCUCUCUAUUCUCUCACAAAAAUGAAAUAGCAUGGAAAGAUUAGAGAUUGCAGAGAGUUAGAAUUUCCAGUCAGCUUUCUGAAAAAUGUGAAUUGAUCGAGUUCCAACCCAAAAUGGUUAUAAGUUGGGUUACCUCUCUUUUCUUUCAUUUUAAGGAAAGAUAACGGAAAAAAGAGAGAGUGCAGGUGAUUAGACUUCUGUGAAAUUGUAGUGAUUUUCAAGCCGAGAAUGAGAAUCCCUGGAAAAGCUUGAAAGUCUAACUGUCUGAACCCUCUUCUAUUUCGAUAGAUGGAGAGAAAGAGUGAAAAGGAGAGAGCUUGGGUAGUUAGACAGUUUCGAGUUACGGUGAAGACUUGGUGUGUAGUUGUCGAUUGGUAUUUUACAAGAAAAAGAUCUGAUUUUUAUGAGCCAUGGUCGCAUUUGGAAUGGCUCAAGGCGUUUUUCUUUAAAGUUUGACUGUAGCGGAAUCGUUCCGUUGAGCCGUUUUUCAAAAUUUAAGUCAUUUAUCUAGGAAAAUUGCCCGAAGAUUCCUAUUAUACAUAACUCAAAGCUGAAACCUUCAAACGGAUCGACAGUAUCCUCGUGGAGUCGGGCUUCAAAACCGAGGAGAAGAAGAAGGAAGAGGAGAAAGAGGAGGAUACAGAGAAGAAGAAACGAAGGAAACGGAGUCGGUCGAGGUCUCGGAGCGGCGAACGGAAGAAGUCGUCGAAAAAAGAGCGCCGAAGAAGGUCCAGAACGAGGUCCCGCUCUAG